AUCUCACUCAUUUUUAGGUUAGAAAAACUGGGAGACAAUGAUGUGUAUCUUGGCACAGUCCAUUGACUCUAGAACACCAUGGCCGAGUCCACUGAGAUUGAACUCAAAAAAUGCGAAAGAAUCAACAGGAAUUUUAAUAUUUGUGGAGUGAAAGUGAAGCCAAUGGCGCUGUGUAAUUUCUCAGUAAUUGUUCGUGUUCUUGUCUGCACCUUUUGAUCUGUUCACACGUAAUUAUACUCUCUAUUAAGAAACCUUUGUCACUACCGAUAGGCGAUAACCCACAGUAGUCCCCCACUCCCCUAAUUUGUACCAUAUUUACUUCUAUUCUCUUCGAUUCAACCAAGUAAAUCUGUAUCAAUAGUGUUUUGGUUGGGGUUUCUGAAAGCGUUACUAAUUUCAAAAAUUGAUGGGGAGUGAGGUGGAAUUGAUCGAGGAGACAAUCGAAGAGUUUAACGACGUCGAAAACACCGUAAUUGUGGCGGUGGGGAGGAACGUUAAGGAGAGUAAAUCGCUGAUAUUGUGGGCGUUACAGUGCUUUGCUGGAAUGAAGAUGUGUCUCCUUCAUAUUCAUAAACCUGCUCCGUUAAUCACACUCGUGGAUGGAAAGUUCUAUGAAAGUAGCCUAAAACAACAGGUGGUUAAGGCUUGGCGAGAGCUUGAAAAGCAAAAGAUGCACAAAAUCCUAAAUCAAUAUCGCCUCAUUCUUGAUGAAGCUGGGGUGGAAGCAGGUAAGGUGUGGAUAGAAGCUGAUAAUGUUGAAACAGGUAUUGUGCAGACUAUAGAGCAACAUGGGAUUAAGUGGCUUGUUAUGGGAGCUGCAGCUGAGAAGCUAUAUUCAAAGGAUAUGUCAGAGCUCAAGUCUAAUAAAUCAAUAUAUGUUUGCCAAAAUGCCCCACCCAUAUGUCAAAUAUGGUUUGCUUGCAAAGGCCACCUCAUCUAUACAAGGAGUAUGAAGGCGUUAUCCUCUUUGCCAGCUGGCAAAGAGACAAUGCUGACACUUUGUCAUGCAAUUGAUGCUGAUGUGGAAGUGAAAUCCAUUCGGUGUUUGGAGAAUUCAAUGAAAAAUGGGUGUAGCUCUUCAACUUCAACUCAUUUGAUGAUUGAUGAUACAAAAGAUCAAUUGGUUCAAUCACUUUCUGAUAUGUUUCUGGAAAAACCUCAAGGGCUUUCGUCUUCUGAGUUGCAUGAUAAACUGGAGUAUGCCAAAACAGAUGCUGAAAACUCAAAACAGAAAGCAUUUGAAGAGUCAAUAAGAAGAUGGAGGGCAGAAGAAGAUGCUAAGGACAUUUUGCAUAAGGCAGAAACAUCAGAAAACACAUGUAUGGAGGAAAUCACAGAAAGAAAAGCAAUGGAGGCUAAACUGUCGAAACAAAUUGAAGAAAUAGAAACAAUGAAGAACCAAAGAGAUGAAUUCAUAAAAGAGCUUCAGAAAGUCAAAAACCAAAAACCAGAGCUUGAAGACCAAAUUUCAAAGGCACGUGAUACAGAAAAAGAGUUGGAGGAGAGAAUCAUUCAAGCAGUGAAUCUGUUAAUCACUUUCAAAGAAAGUCGAGACAAGUUGCAAGAUGAAGUCGAUAAUGCAAGGAGACAAAUUAAAAAACUUACAAAAUAUAUAAAAGAGGACACCACAACGAAUUUGUCACAAGCACAAUUUUAUAAACCCUCGUUCAUGGAAAUCAUGGAAGCUACUCAGGAUUUCAAUCAAUCAUUGAAGAUCGGAGAAGGAAGAGAUGGAAGUGUUUAUAAAGGUAUUCUUCGCCAUGUAAGGGUUGCGAUUAAGAUGUUACCUUCCCUUGGUUCUCAAAGCGAUGCAGAAUUUGAACUUGAGGUAGAGGUUUUGAGUAGAACGAGACAUCCAAAUAUCGUAACCCUAAUCGGCGUUUGUUCAGCAACAAGGUCGUUGAUUUACGAGUACCUCGAAAAUGGAAGCCUUGAAGAUCGAAUCAUUAGUUCUAAUUCUAAAGCGACAACUCCACCUCUUCCAUGGCAUACACGAAUACGAAUCGCUUCAGAGAUAUCUUCUGCCCUAAUUUUUCUCCACUCCAGUAACCCUCAAAUCAUCCAUGGAAACGUAACCCCAACCAACGUUCUUCUCGAUUCAAACCACGUAUCCAAACUAAGCGACUUCGGAAUCAGUUUCGUUUUCUCUAAAAUUAAUGAUCCCGAGGUUUCUGCUUACAUCGACCCUGAAUUUGUUGAAUCCGGAACGCUUUCUCCUUCUUCUGAUGUAUACUCAUUCGGAGUUGUGUUGUUGAGAAUGCUAACAGGGAGGCCAGCUUCGAGUGUUGUGAAUGACACGAAAUGUGCGAUGGAAUUUGGGAAUUUUGUUGAGAUUUUGGAUUUAUCGGCUGGGGAUUGGCCGAUUGAGCAUGCGAAUGAGUUAGCUGAUUUGAGUUUGAGAUGCUGUGAGAAGAAUCCAUUGAAGAGGCCGAAUCUUGUGAAUGAUAUUUGGAAGACAUUUGAGAAAAUGAAAGAUCGAUUUACAAUAUCACCUGUUGAGCCUGAGUGUCAUCGCAAAAUCCCCUCUUAUUUUGUCUGCCCGAUUUUUCAGGAAGUGAUGAAAGAUCCAUACAUAGCAGCAGAUGGUUUUACAUAUGAAGAAGAUGCAAUAAAAGGGUGGUUGAACAGUGGCCACAAGACUUCACCCAUGACUAACCUUCAACUUGAACACUGUGACUUACUACCUAAUCAUGCUCUUUCCUAUGCAAUUCAAGAGUGGCAACAAAUUUCCUAAAAUACCCUUUAUAGUUUUUGACUUUGACUUUUGACUGUGGUAUCUAUCAGUGCAUAAUUUGUGCAGCAC